GUAGGAGGCAGGGCCAGGGCAAGAGCUAGGACCCUGUGGGCUACCAAUCUAAGGACUCUUCUCUUUUGUGGUUGACGCUUCUACCUCUUUCCCUUGUGGUUGGAGCUUCUAUUCAGAGCUGCCAGGAUGUGUGGCAAGUUCCUGAGGCAGCUGUUGGCUCUAGAGAGCCAGCACUCCACCCUCAUGGGGCGCCUCCUGCUUCCUGUGCUCCUGGGAUUCCGCCUUGUUUUGCUGGCUGCCGGUGGGCCUGGGGUCUACAGUGAUGACCAGAGUGAAUUUGUGUGUCACACCCAGCAGCCAGGCUGCAAGGCUGCCUGCUAUGAUGCUUUCCACCCCCUUUCUCCACUGCGGUUCUGGUCCUUCCAACUCAUCCUGGUGGCUGUACCCAGUGCCCUCUAUGUGGGGUUCACCCUGUGCCAUGUGAUUGGACACUGGGAAGAACCAGGAAAGGCGAAGACAGAGGAAGCGACUCUGAUCUGUAAAGGGGACAGCUGCAGAGAUGCCUCAGGGGCUGGAAGCCACAAGAUGCUCUGGGCCUAUGUGGCACAGCUGGGGGCUCGAGUGGUCCUUGAAGGGGCAGCCUUGGGGGGGCAGUACCAUCUGUAUGGGUUCAAGGUACCCAGUUCCUUUUUGUGUCGUCAAGAUCCUUGCCUUGGCAGCAUAACCUGUAGUCUGUCCCGUCCCUCUGAGAAGACUAUCCUUCUAAGGACAAUGUUUGGGAUUAGUGGGCUGUGCCUUUUGUUUACUCUUUUGGAACUUGUGCUUCUGGGUGUGGGGAAGUUGUGGAAGCUCCAGAAGCACAGAUUUUCCUCUUCUAACUGCUUCUCAACUUCAGAGAGCCCCACAAAACACAAGGAACCAACCAGUAACUUCCCAGUCGUGGAAACAAAAGAGUAGUUUCGAGAAGCAGGUGAGAAGGACCCUAACCACCCUUUCCCUUACUGCCCCGAAUGUCUCUACCCUGAUAAUCUCCAACUAGGGGAGGUCCCUCAUCCUUCUGGCAAGUGCAACUUCCACAUGUUACAAAGCAGAUAACCAGUUCCCAGGCAGAUGCCUUCUGACCACUGCCCCCAACUCAUCUCCCAGGGCUCACCCCCAUCAAUUGGAUGCUCCUUCCAGGGAACCAGGAUGAAAACACCAAUCUGUUGCACUUCCUGGCUUUCCAUUUAGUUUUUUCCUCAGGAAAAAUGCCAGCUUUUGCUUGAUCUCUACUUUGCAGAAUUAUAAAGAUACUCAGCUCAUCUGCAGAAAACCUUAUGAUUGGAUCUUCUACAAAACAUCCAUCGAGGGCUGGGGAUUUAGCUCAGUGGUUCCUCUGCCCGCCCUGCAAGCGCAAGGACCCAAGUUCGAUCCCCAGUACCAAAACAAAACAAAACAAAACAAAAAUCCAUCGAGUGAGGAUUCAGAUCCAGGACAAACUAGAGGCUGUGGAAAGCUAUCUAAGGGCCAUGGUGGGGCAUGCAGUUGAAAACACUAUUUUGAAGAGUUCCUUAUCAUGUCUUCUUACCAGAAUUAUCUGGUGUCAUCAUCACAAUUUUCAUAUGCUUGGUUCAAGAAUCACUGAACAGAAGCAUCCAUGAACCAUGCCUCUCCCUUGCCAUGCUCAAUAAAUAUUGAUGACACUAAUGA